CUGCCAAUUUAGUCGAUGGCUUCUAUUCGAGCCGGCAGGGUUUAUUGAAGACAUUUCGCCAUGGAUCUAUAUAAUAUGCCAGGCUCACCGAGCACUCGAGCCAUUAUGAUGACGGCCAAGGCCUUGGGAGUAGAGUAUAACUCCAAGUUUCUGAACACCUUUGCGGGAGAGCAACUCAAUCCAGAAUUCGUGAAGAUCAACCCCCAGCACACCAUUCCCACACUGGUGGACCAUGGAUUCGUCAUCUGGGAGACGCGGGCCAUUGUUACUUACCUGGUGGAGCAGUACGGAGAGCCAGAUUCCUCCCUGUACCCCAACAAUCCCCAGAAGCGUGCUGUGAUCAACCAGCGUCUGUACUUCGACAUGGGAACCCUUUACGAUUCGUUCGCAAAAUACUACUUCCCACUUUUGCGAACCGGCAAGCCGGGAAGUCAGGAGGCCUUGGAGAAAUGCAAUACGGCCUUUGAGCUUCUCAAUACUUUCCUGGAGGGACAGGAUUACGUGGCGGGCUCUGAACUAACCGUGGCUGACAUCGUCAUCUUAGCCACUGUCUCUACCACAGAAUUACUUCCCAACUUCGAUUUUGGCAAAUAUCCAAAUGUGGAGAGGUGGUACAAGAAUGCGCAGAAGGUCACUCCCGGAUGGAGCGAAAACCUGGAAAAGAUUCAAGGUUUUGCUUCGCUCUGUCGAACCCGUCGGUAUACACUACAAAUCUUCAACAUGCCCCAAUUGGAUCUCUACAACAUGCCCUUGGGUCCCACCAGCCGGGCCAUCCAGAUGAUCGCCAAGGCUGUAGGCGUGAAACUGAACUCCAAGUUCAUCAACACCAUGGAGGGCGAUCAGCUGAAGCCCGAGUUCGUGAAGAUCAACCCCCAGCACACCAUUCCCACCCUGGUGGAUGACGGAUUUGUUAUCUGGGAGUCUCGAGCCAUCGCCGUCUAUCUGGUGGAGAAGUAUGGCAAGCCCGACUCCUCCCUGUACCCCAAUGACCCCCAGAAGCGAGCUCUAAUCAACCAGCGGCUGUACUUCGACAUGAGCACCUACGACGCUUUGAGCAAAUAUCUUUACCCUCUCUUCCGUACCGGAAAGCUUGGCGAUCAGGAGACUCUGGACAAGUUCAACACCUCCAUGGAGUUCCUUAACACCUUCCUCGAGGGUCAGGACUUCGUGGCCGGCAAGGAACUCACGGUGGCUGAUAUCGUCCUUUUGGCCACCGUCUCCGCCACCCAAGUGAUUGCGUUCGACUUGGCCAAAUUCCCCAACGUGGAAAGGUGGUACAAGAAUGCCCCCAACGUGGUUCCUGGUUGGGCUGAGAAUCUGAAGACCUUGGAGGAGGCUAAGAAGUUUUUUGAUGAGAAAGUGGCUGAACUAAACAAAUAAGUACUGAUCUAAGUCAGCCGUCAAUGCACCUUAGCACAACAUUCGACAUGGAUUUCUAAGAAAAUUUUCUUUUAAGAAAAAUUAAUGUUAACAACAAAAUAAUUUAUUAUGUUAAAUAAAAGCUAAUUUUUUUAUGCCUAAAUGUGUCU